UCUGUCAUGCAAUCAUGCACCACCAGACAAAACUCCCAAAUUAUCCCAUUAUUCACCUCAACAACGUUCCAAGCCCUUCUCCCACGUGUCCUCCACAUCUCCCUCGUGCCAUUUCAUGCAAAAAUGGCAUCACCCUAUGGUAGUAGGGUAACUUAGGGACUCCUUAACACCACGACUCAGUAAAAACUAAAAACCCUAAAAAGAAAAGAGUCUCAAAAUAGGACCCAACUAACAACUAACUGCAUGUGCCACUCCAUAUCACAACCACAAUGCACAAAAACAACUCUUCUUCCUUGUUCUUCUUCUUUCUCACCAUUCUCAAUUCUUUUCUUUCUCCGACAUGGGUCUCUUAUCCAAACACACUCCUCGUACCCCCUCUUACUUAUAUCCCAGCGUUAUCGCUCUCUCUCUCUUCUCCAUCACCGCACUCCUCAUCUACAGGGUUGACGACGUCGUUUCGCGGACCGGAACAGUAGUGGGUCACAACCUGGAACCGACGCCGUGGCACGUCUUCCCCCACAAGCCCUUCGACGAGGAGAGUCGCCAGCAGCGCACGUACAAGAUCAUACAGUGCUCGUACCUGACGUGCCGCAGCGGCGCUGGGGACGGCGGCGAGCGGCGGAUCUACGGCAGCGACGCGGAGGAGUGCCCGGAGUUUUUCGGGGCGAUCCGGAGGGACCUGGCGCCGUGGGCUCAGAGCCGGAUCUCGAAGGCGCACGUGGCGGCGGCGCAGCGGUACGCGGCGUUCAGAGUGGUGAUUGUUGAAGGGAAGGUGUUUGUGGAUUGGUACUACGCGUGUGUGCAGAGUAGGGCGAUGUUUACUUUGUGGGGGUUGUUGCAGCUUGUGAACAAGUACCCUGGGAUGGUGCCUGAUGUGGAUUUGAUGUUUGAUUGCAUGGAUAAGCCCACUGUGAACAAGACGGAACAUGCGGCGAUGCCUUUGCCUCUGUUUCGCUAUUGCACCACAAAGGAACACUUUGACAUCCCUUUUCCUGACUGGUCCUUCUGGGGUUGGCCAGAGAUAAACAUUCGAUCUUGGAAGGAGGAGUUCCCAGAUAUCAAGAAAGGUUCUCAAGUAGUAAGUUGGAAAAAGAAGUUACCACGGGCAUACUGGAAAGGAAACCCAGAUGUUGCAUCUCCAAUUCGCACCGAGUUACUAAAUUGUAAUCAUUCUAGGAAGUGGAAAGCACAAAUUAUGCGUCAGGAUUGGGGGGAAGCAGCUAGAAGUGGCUUUAAGCAGUCAAAACUUUCAGAUCAGUGUAACUACCGGUAUAAGAUCUAUGCUGAAGGGUACGCAUGGUCCGUGAGUUUGAAAUACAUUCUCUCAUGUGGUUCUGUUGCAUUAAUUAUAUCACCUCAGUAUGAAGAUUUUUUCAGCCGUGGCCUUAUUCCAAGCCAAAACUUUUGGCUUAUUGAUCCUCUAAAUCUCUGUCCAUCUAUAAAAUAUGCUGUAGAAUGGGGAAACCAGCACCCAGACGAGGCAGAGGCUAUAGGGAAAAGAGGGCAAGAUUUUAUGGAAAACUUAAGCAUGGAUCGAAUCUAUGAAUACAUGUUCCACCUUGUUACGGAAUACUCAAAACUUCUAGAUUUCAAGCCUACUCCACCAGAAACUGCUCUGGAAGUUUGUGUAGAAUCUGUGCUUUGCUAUGCUGAUGAGAAGCAGAGGACGUUUCUCGAUAAAUCAACUGUGUACCCUUCAGAAAACCCUCCCUGCAAUUUCAAACCUGCAUAGAGUUCUCUCACCUAUAGUUUACACUACACCUCAAAAAUACUAAGAAUGUGGAACAUCCAUGAACAUGGAAUCACAGUAAACUGGCGUGUACUAAAACGUCAUUGCUGGUAUCAAAAGAAAGUACACUUUAUUUAAUAUUGUAAAAAUAUAGUGCAUUUUAGGUUAUCAUUUACAAAGAUUUAGCUAUAGUAAUAGGUUAUCAUCAUUUAGUAGCCAACAACAACAAGGGAAUUUUCAUUUUCAUUCUUUUGUUACUCAUUUUAUUUUUGUCUCCCCCUCCCUUUUCUUUUUAUUUUGCAUAUAUUUCUUAAUCACAACCAAAUUAAGUUAAGCCCGUCUGAGCCGAUAUACAAUGUUGCAACCUGAGUAAAAUUCUAGCCGUUAUUCA